AUGCAAUCAAACGUUGGAAACGCUCAGGUGUACGAGGCUGGCGACCAAAGGACAUCCAAAGGUACCGUCACGGAUCAAACAGAACGAUUCGAAUAUCCACCGACGAACGCACACAACGCGACAGAUUCCAAGGACGAACGUAGCCUUGCAAACCGAUUGGCCGCUGCUGAAACGCAAGAAAUAGACAAUUUGAGUAAUAAGACGAAGAACACCAUCACGGACCCUCUAGAACCUGCGCGGUCGCAUGGAAAUGAGCCGUCGAGAGGAGCGAAAAUAGAUGCCGAGUUGCAGAAGGAGGACGAGGAGGAGUUGGAGAGGAAAGGGAAGGCAUAG